UGAGCUCCUUUGCCAAGGGAGAGGCUCUGGCAGCAUACGGUUUCCCUGUGCCUCUCAUCUUGUGGCCGCCUACAGAGCACUUUGUCAGUUCCUCGUAUCACGUAUUCUUGUCUGCAUUCUGUUUUCAGUCUGUAGUAAUGUGUAUCAGAGGAAGAGCUUAGCCAGAGGCAGAAGGAAACAAGAGAAUGGAGCGAGGACUUUCACGACUCUCCUGUACUGACUGGAGUGAGAUGUACUGAAGUCUGGCCUACACCUUUCUGUUCUUCUUCCUCUGCUCAACUCCAAGGAUGUGGCAAGUGAUGCGAUUACUGUGGAGACUUGGCAUUGCCCUGCUACUGGGAGCAUUCCUCAAUACCAGGCAUCUCAUCAGUGCUCUUGACAUUCCUUUGGAGAUUGAGCAGCCCCCAACAAUAACAGAGCAGUCACCAGCCACUCUUAUCGCUUUGUCCUUUGAUGAGAGCUUUGCAGUCAAGUGUGAAGCCAAAGGCAACCCUGAUCCAGAAUUCAAAUGGACAAAGGACGGGCAAGAUUUUGAUCCCUAUCAGGACACCAUGUUGAUCACUAAAGAAAACUCUGGAACUUUUAUCAUCCUGAACAAUGGGAACCUUACUGAAUACCAAGGCAUCUAUCGCUGUUAUGCCUCCAACAAGCUUGGAACGGCCAUGUCAGAGGAAAUUGAAUUCAUCAUUCCCAAUGUUCCGAAGUUCCCAAAAGAGAAAAUUGAUCCAAUCAAGGUAGAAGAGGGACAGCCAUUUAUUCUGGAAUGCAAUCCACCUAAAGGAAUUCCUCCACUGGAAAUCUACUGGAUGACCAUAAGCAUGAAGCAAAUAGAGCAGGAUGAGAGAGUGACUGUGGGGCUAAAUGGGAAUCUCUAUUUCUCAAACGCCAUUCAGACAGACAGCCGGAGAGAUUAUUGCUGCUAUGCAUCCUUCCCAAGAAUACGCACCAUCGUCCAGAAAACUGCCAUGUCCGUUAUUGUCAGCAACUCCAAGUCAGAGAGUCAUUCUGGUAGUGGAAGGGGAACAGCCAAUGCCAUUCUGGAGAGGAAGCCCAGUCUUCUGUCGCCCUCUGGUGGUCAAACAUACACUCAUAUUGUCAAAGGGGAGGAACUGCUCUUAGAAUGCAUUGCUGAAGGCUACCCAACUCCAAUGGUUGAGUGGAUCAAGAUAGGAGAGGAACUUCCUGACCGAGCUGUGUUGAAUAAUUUUGGAAAGCACCUCACCAUAGAGGACGUGACAGAAGAUGAUGAAGGGAAAUACAUGUGCAAGGCCCUUAAUGCCCAUGGAGAAGCUGUGCACUACUUCCAUGUAGCAGUGGAGGAGCCUCCUAAGUGGGAUAUUGAACCCAAGGGUCAGUUAAAUGUCAUUGGAGCUAAUGUCAUUAUUAGAUGUGCUGCAUCUGGCAACCCAGUACCCGCUGUUUCAUGGAUGGUGAACGGGCGCUCUCUGCAUGAGGUUCCAGCAACCAACAGAAAAGUGUAUGAUGACACCAUCAUGAUCCACAAUGCCAGCCCCAGUGACAGCGCGGUUUAUCAGUGUGAAGCCUCCAACAGACAUGGAACGCUGCUGGCCAAUGCUAACAUCAUGAUCAUGAACCUGCCACCGCUGAUCCUGACAGAAGAUAAUCUUCAGUAUUCAGCAGUGGAGGGAAAGCAAGCGAUCAUGUCCUGCAGGGUGUUCAGCUCACCACCCUCAGCUAUCAUCUGGAGCAAGGAUGACAGUGCUAAUGCCCUAGAAGGAGCGAGGUUCUCCAUACACACAAAUGGGUCACUGGAGAUCCACAAUGUGAAGGGGGAGGAUUAUGGCGAGUACACAUGUGUCACUAAAAACUCUGAGGGCAAAAGUGCCAUCACUGCCAUGCUGGAGGUUAAAGCUCCCACAAAGAUAGUGCAUCCUCCUUGGGACCAACGUGUUUUGGUAGGCACCACAGUUCAGUUCUCAUGUCAGGCUAAAGUAGAUCCAUCCUUCAGUGAGGAUUAUGAGAUGAUCUGGGAAAAAGACGGCAUCCCUCUCAACGACAGUGAGAGCACUGGCUAUUUUGUCAAUGAAGAGAUGCUGCAGAUUGUCAAUGUGAGCUUCAGUGACCAGGGAGUGUAUGUAUGUAUAGCCAGAAGUCCAGUGGAUCAGGACAGAGCCACGGCAAUUCUUAUAGUACUUGACGUACCAGAUGCCCCGCAAGGUGUGGUGCUCACUGAACGCAAAAACAGGACAGUGAAACUUAAAUGGAUCCCAGGAGAUGACCAUAACAGCACUACCACAGAGUUCAUCAUUGAAUAUGAGGAGAGCCAGUGGGAGCCAGGCAGGUGGAAGGAGCUGAUGCGAGUGCCUGGAAAUCACCACUCGGCUCUGCUCAAGCUCCAUGGGCACGUAGACUACAGCUUCCGCAUCUCAGCAGUGAAUGAGGUGGGAAAAGGACGACCCAGUAGAGCCAGUGACAGAUACAAAACCUCAGCCUCAGCACCUGACAGGAACCCUGAAAACAUCAAAAUAGAAGCUCAUUUGCCACACGAAAUGAAUAUCAACUGGAAGCCCUUGUCCCCUCUUGAACACAAUGGGCCUGGUUUGGAGUACAAAGUGAGCUACCGGCAAAAGGAUAUGGAAGAGGAGUGGCAAGAGCACAUGGUAAAGAGGCACUCAUUCGUGGUGAAGAACACACCAACAUUUGUCCCUUACGAAGUGAAGAUUCAAGCCAAGAACCAUGCUGGCUGGGCUCCUGAACCUGAAACCAUAGUUGCCUAUUCAGGAGAAGACUUCCCAUCAGCAGCACCAGAGAACAUAGCAGUAGAGGUGAUGAACAACACAGUGGUGAAGGUCAGCUGGAACCGUGUUCACAAGGACAAAUUGCACGGACAUCUGGGAGGCUAUAAGGUGCAGUGGUGGCGUCGGCGCAGUCUCUUGAACUCGAGGAAAACACAUGGUGAUAAACAAACUCUUAUGUUUCCUGGGGACAGAAAUCAUGCCCUAAUCCCAGGGCUCCAUCCGUUCUCCGAAUACAGUCUCAUCGUCAUGGUCUACAACAGACGAGGCAAUGGACCAGAAAGCCACCUGGUCACAUUUAAAACUCCAGAGGGAGUUCCAGAUCAGGCUGCACUUUUUAGGGCUACAGAUGUUCAGAAGCAUGCUCUCACACUUAGCUGGUCUCCUCCAGUGGAGGCUAAUGGAGUUCUUACCGGCUGUGUCCUGCAAUACCAGCUAAUUAACAACACAGAGGAAGUGGGACCCCUCCUCACUGUGAACAUCACCAACCCAGAUACAAAUAAGUGGCACCUCAGAGACCUGGAGCCAGUUAGUCGCUAUAGGUUCUACCUGUAUUACUGCACACAAAUGGGCUGUGGCCCAGUGACUAGUGAGGAGUACAUUACCAUCCCAGAAGCACCACCCACUGUGUUGAACAUUAGUGCCUCAGUUAGCGACAACUUUGCAAAUAUCAGCUGGAUUCUGGGGAAGGAACAAAUGGAUUCAGAGUUAUAUGUUGCAUAUAUGAAAAACCGUGAAGGUAACUGGAAGAUAUCUGAGGCCGUUAACUCCUCUAAGACUUUCCUGGUCAUUAAGGAGCUGGAGCCUGGGACAGAAUAUACAGUACGCGUUAUGGCUAAAACCUGGCAUGAUAGUUCUAGCAUUUUUGAAGAUGUUAUCAGGACCAGGGCCAAAGGUUUGGCCAGUAUUCACAGUGGAAUUUCAAAUCAAGGCUGGUUUAUUGGACUGAUGUGUGCUGUGGCUUUACUCACACUCAUCGUGCUCAUCGCUUGCUUUGUAAACAGGAACAAAGGAGGAAAGUACUCAGUGAAAGAGAAGGAAGAUCUCCAUCCAGACUUGGAGUCUCAAGGCAUAAAUGACGACACUUUCUGUGAAUACAGUGAUAAUGAUGAGAAGCCCCUGAAAAGCAGCCAGCACUCACUGUCUGGAGACUUGAAGCGAGGGGACAGUGGGGACAGCAUAGUGGACUAUGGUGAUGAGGAUGCUCAGUUUAACGAGGAUGGAUCCUUUAUUGGAGAAUAUGCUGGACAGAAGGAACGGACAUCCAUGGAAAUCAAAGGAACUUCUCAGAGCAAAGCAUGAAAGGACUAAUCCUAUUUGAUAUUGCUUAUAUAUGUUUGGCACAGGCACAAAAAAAGGGAAAAAUAUCAUCAUCCCCUCAAAUGUCUUUUGGAUUAAAAAAAAUAGUAAUUCAUGUGUUUAUUGUCAAGUAUGCUCUCAUGCUUAUUUUAUUUUAGAAGGUUUAGUUUCACACAAAUUGUGACCGAUCAUUCAGUCAUUUUCAGCUGUAUAUUGAUGUCAGGUAUUCUUUUGAUAUUUUUGAAAUUAUUUCAAAGCUGCAAGCAAAAUUUUUUUUUUUUUCCUUUUUAUUAAGGCAGUCUGGGUGUAAAUAAGUGGUGGUGGUUGGGUAUGUGUGUAUGUUCUAGUCUUAAUUUGUUAUGCACUGUGAGAUCUCUGGGGUCUCUACCAUUGUCUUCUUGUAGUCAAACAAAUUUCUUUAGAGUAUGAAACUAUUUUUUUCCUUUUAUUUCUUUCUAGGCAAAUAUUAUUGACAUUUUAUAUUCAGAUCUACAUUCAUUAAAUGUAAUUAAAUAUGUGUACAAAAAACUGUUCAUUAAAUUAUUUCCCAUUUCAGAAGUAUGCAGACUAGAAGAAAAAGAUAAAAUGAGGAUUAUAUGAGCAACUAAUCAUUCCUUAUUGAGUCUGUAAACAUGUCCAUUUUUCAAGCUGCACUAACCAUUAGCCAUAUACAUUGCAAUCAUUGUUACAUUGUGUUUGCAUCUAUUAACUCAUUGUAGUUUGAGCAAUAUACAGUACCAUUUAUGUGAAAUAUAUAUUGUAAAAAAAAAGACUUGUUUUAUCACCUUUAUAAUGUUUCCGCCUUGCAUUUAGAACUGUCAUAUCACAAGAGCUUUACAGAAAUGUAAAAAUGCACACAUAUUCACUGUCUUAGUAAACACUUGCAACUGUGGCUCACUUUCACCACUUUUUAAUUUAAGAUAAAAUGUCAUUCCAGCUGAGGUUUGACCCAACAAACAUCCAACAUUUUCUGAAAUUUUGGUAUUGGAGUUUGGAGUUCCAUGAAUAUGACACAAUGAGCAAAAUACCAUCAUGGUGUUGACCUGUUUAGUCCUUAGUACUGAUAAACAUUCCAACUUUAAACAUGAUAUUUAACUAGGCCAUUGGUUACACACAACUGUUUUGGCCAAGCACAACGGAGUGUAGAGAGGAAUUUGAAAUGUUCAGUUAAAUAUGAAUGGCAUCAAACAGCUCCUCUGUACAAAUAUGAUUGUGUUUGCAUGUUUAUCGAUGUUAAAUGAUGUUUUAUAUACAUUUGCCAUUAAAAUUUAUGACUUAUCUUU